AUGGCGUCGGAAAUGGAAGAGGUGUGGAACAGCAUAUUCAAUGCGGGCGUCAACUCUGCAACGCACCGUAUUAUGAACUAUGCGUUCUAUACACUGUUUCUCACGUUGAUUACCAUGUUUUUGGCUACAGGCUUCAGCAUGCAUGUAUUCGUCCUGCUUCUCCUGUCCAUUUCCCUGUGCGUGGCCGUGAAUAUGUUUGUGGGAGAGCUCAACCGUAUGCAGGAUGAGAAGGACUAUUUGAAGGCAAAGAAGCAGUAG